UUACAGUUUACACUUUACACCACUGUAUAUUUCCAAAUUCCAAGCAAAACAAACGCCUCUCUCUCUCUCUCUCUCUCUCUCUCUCUCUCUCUCUUGCAAGUCAUCCAAUCUCUGCAAAAUCUAGGGUUUGUGUUCAUCUUCGAUUCCAUCUCAUCCAACUUCAUACUUUAUUCAUCCAUGAAACCACCAAACAUUUCCGAAAACCUGCUGUGUUUCUCUUGAUUUUUCCUUAUCCACGGUUUGUGCUCGCUUAAUAUACACGACUUCUCGUUUCAUCAUCAAUCGGGUUUUCUUUGGGCGAUUUAACAGUUAUGUUUAAUACCUCUCUCACUCGAUCAUCAUCAUCGCUUUCAUUGCUCGUGAUUAAGCUUAGAAAUCUCCGUUUGUUUGGCCCUGGGUUGAAUCCUUUCGCUCCAUACAACAUGGCUAAUCACUUCUCUCGCUAACUCUCUCUUUUCGCUGGUUUAGUUACUUCAAAUCAUGUAAAAAAGACGAUUAUCUGAGAUUCGUGUCUUUUCAGUUUCUAGACACUGCUAGGGUUUCCUGUUUCAAGAAACUAUUAAAUUUAGUUUAUUUGGCUGCAACGAAGUUCUUCAAAUUCUGGUAUAUUCGAAAGAUAAUUGAAAGAAGGAACAAUGAUCCAAGAUCAUUUAUUGCGUUCGAAUAGUAGUCGGAUUCGGAGGCACAUCAAACGUUCCAACAGCUUGCGCUCCAAUAGCCCUGGGGGUGAUGAUAGGGACGACAGAGGCUGGACAAAUCUUCACGUCGGUGCUCGAAAAGGAGACCUUAAGGAGGUAAAAAGGCUCCUUGAUGAAGGAAUGGAUGCAAAUGUUGCUGCACUUGGCCCAAAAUCUCAUGGGCUCACCCCUCUCCAUCUAGCUGCCAAGGGUGGUCACAUAAAGGUCAUGGAUGAAUUGCUUGAUCGUGGUGCCAAUAUUGAUGCUCGAACCAAAGGUGCUUGUGGCUGGACUCCACUUCACACUGCUGCAAAAGAGAAGAACAGAAGAGCUAUCAGAUUUUUAAUUGAAAAUGGAGCAUUCUUACCUGAUAACAUUGAGGAUACCCGAUUUAAUCCGCCUCUUCAUUACUGUCCUGGUCUUGAAUGGGCAUAUGAGGAGAUGAAGCGAGUUCAACAUGAAAGUAGCUCAUCAUCAGGUUUCUUUCAGUAUCACGGGACGGCACCGGCUUGA